CGAGGCUUUGAUGGUUCGCAGGAAAAGUUAGAUGGUAGCGGAGCUACCUGGUCGACAAGGGACCGGUAGCGUCCGAAGGGGGCAAUAGCGCUAUCAGUGCCGCUUAGCUUGUGCUUCUUAGAUUAGUUCCUAGAUGCCAUGGCUCAGCAAGGCGCUGGACAGUUGAAUGUGACAGAGUUGGUGGCCAGAAUGACCCAAGCAGCUGAAGCUGCUUCGGAAGCUGCCAAAGCAACGGCUGCUGCCGUGCAAGCUCGACAAGGUUCAUCGCAAGACUGGACCAAAAUCAUACAGAAACCCCCAGUGUUCGAACCAUCCAACCGAGAAGCAGAACUUUCAGGCUUCCGCGACUGGUGGUGGCAAGUUGAGCAAUAUCUCCUGGCCAUCGAUCAAAACUUCCUCACAGAGCUUGAGACCGUGAAGAGUAAUUUGAAAACGGAAGUGGAUAUGUCUUCAUCAUCACCCGAGACUGUUCGACGAUCGGUUCAGUUGUUUGGUUUGUUAGCAUCUCUUCUUCGCGGACGGCCUCUCAUGCUUUUGAAAGGUAAGUCUCAGCAACGUCAAGACACUUGCAACAUUUGUGGCCGAUUUGGCCAUUCUGCUCGUGAUUGCUGGAACAAAGACAAGGUUCGACGAGUUGAUGAUCAAGGAAAUGAUUUCACAACAGCUACAUCCCCAGAUGCACACAGUGAGCCUGCCACAACACAACGUGUGAACCGCGUGGAGCACAUCAACAACAUCAAUGACAUUUCGAUUGAGCGCACCAGUACAGCUGCACCUUCUUACUUCUUUGACCUGUCUUUUGACUCCUUCGAAGAAAUGUCCAAUGUUCGUGCAAUUUUUCAAGAGAGUGAUGAUUUGGCUUCAUGUUCGAUCACUUCAGAUGCAUCUUUGUCAGGUGAUUUCGACCACUUCUUCCAGAAGACUAUGCAGAUGCCGUGCAGUGAGCCUGGAACUGAAUGGUACACUCUUUCUUCACUUCAAUGUUUGGAUGAUGAAGAUCAUUGCGAGAAGCUGUCAUUUGACCUGUUUUCUUUGCAUGAGUAUGAGUGCGAGUCAGAGCGUUCUGGAUUUCACUUUGCACGUGGUGACCUGGAGUCGAAGCCUCAAGUACGAAGACAUGUUCAUUUUGAGGAGUGGUGCAGAGUUCUCACUGUUUCAUCUGAGACUGUUUGUGCUCGAGUGGACACUUGCAAUGAACUUCAUGAGAUUGUAUUGGAUUCAGGUUCAGAUGCAACUUUGAUCCCUUCAGGUUUGCAGCAUUGUGGAUGGCUUGCACCUGUUCAGGAGUCUCAACUACGUGACGCACAAGGUGGCCCUAUCAGGACUCAAGGGGUUCGUGACAUUGAACUCGUUUUUACUGCAGUUGAUGGAGCAGAGGUUGUCGUGCGAGAAAGAUGUCAUGUAAGUGACAAGAUCGACAUGCCUUUGAUCUCAUAUGGCAAGUUGUUGAAGAAUGGAUGGAACAUAUCGAACGAAUUGGAUGGCAACUUUCUCUCACACAGCUGUGGAGCCCGGAUCCCAGUGAGCUUCAAACACAAUUCGCUGAUAGUGCAUGGUCGAGUGAGAGCAAUCUAUCAAAAAGUCACUUGCAUUCCAGUUGACAUUCCUUCAACUUGGCGUUUCCUGCCUUUGGGCUGGACCAGUACAGUGAAGGGUCAACCGCUUUGCAUGUCGAGAGCUCAGAUCCACGUUGACCCAGACUACGUGAACCAAGUCUUGUUGAAGAGCCGACGUCUUCUUCUUCCAAGUCUGAAACGCACCAAAAUCGGAGCCCUGAGACAAUAUCAAAACGCGGAGCAGAAGGCCGCCAAGCAUUCAACAGGCGGGGCGGCAGAGCAUUCAGCAGGCGGGGCUUCAGAAGGAGACAAAACGAAAGAAGAGAAAAGUGCAGAAGAUCCUGUUUUGUUACAGCUUGACAAAUCGGUGAUCAUCAAUGGAAUGAAUAUCAUAGAAACCUCAACAAUCAAAGUGCUUCGAGCAGCAUGCAAGUUUCUGCGCAUUUCAGAGUCGGGAUCAAAAGCCAAGUUGUGGCAAAGAAUCAUCAGCAAGUUGCAAUCAGAGCAGAUUUUGGCAAACCAAGAGAUUGCAGCGCAGAGCUUAACAGAUGCAAUUCGAGUUCCAGUCUCAGCUCAAUCAGUGGAAAGCCCUUCACCAGAGGUGAUUGCUGCUCAUAAUUUGACACAUACAUCAUAUGCAAGUUGGUGUCCUGCUUGUUUGAGCGCCAAAGGUAGACCUGAUCAACACAGUGGGGACGCUUCACAUUUAGCACAGCGGUCAAUGCCUUAUAUCUCCUUCGACUUGUUUUACACAGGUCGUUCCACAGGAGAUGAUGGAGAAGCCGACCAGGACAAGCAAGUAGCAUUAGCUGUUUUCGAUUCUUUUUCGGGAGCAAUUCACUGCAUUCCAGUUGGUAGCAAGAGUGAGACCAAGUGUAUGGCGAAGGAGAUUUCGCGAUUCAUUUCCUUUUUGGGUCAUGAGGACAUCACGCUCCGUUGUGACAAUGAGCCAACCAUGAUUGCAGUACAGAGGAUGGCCAAAGCUUCAUAUCGACAUCGGUGUGUUGUAGAGAACCCAGCCAUUCGUGAUCAUGCAGACAACAGUUGGGUUGAAGGAGCAGUGCACCGCAUCAGACAAACAGCCAACGUGCUUUUGCAUCAUCUUCAUGCCAAAUUUGGGUUGGUUAUCAAACCUUCUCAUCCCUUUCCGGUUUAUGCUUACAUUGGUGAUGUGAUCAAACAAAAAGGUGAUCCCCGCUGGACGAAAGCUUUGUUUCUGUCCAAAUCAAACGUGAACGACAUGAACAUUGUCUCCAUCGGUGGUAACCUCAGAUUGACACGAGCAGUGAAGAUGAUCAAAUGUGAUUGGAAGGAACAUAUGGCUUUGUAUUCCUUGCUGCAAACUCCAACCUGGCAGAUGGAAGGAACAUUUGGAGCUCGUAUGGAACUUACCAAACCAAUCAGAAACAAGAGUGGACCUCCUACGGCAUUGCUUGCAGAUGAGGCCGCAACAGAUCCAGACUCUGACCCGGAAGAACCUGAGAAUCUCCUCAUGACACCCCCAAGAAUGGGUGAACAACGUGGGGAAUUGAAAGACAAGCAACAGAAGGAUCCUGAGGAGAUUGAUCCUUUGGCAAAUCAACCAGUGAGUCCUGCACCUAGUAGACCAUUGCUUCCUGCAGCUUUCACACCGAACUUGGAACGCGUGGACGCAGAAAUGUCAGGUGCAUCCACUCAUCCAAUACCUGAUCUGUUGGAGGAACCGGAUGCAAAGUGGUUGAGAAGUCGCCGAGCAGAGGAGGAUCUUCCCCAUGAAGAUGAAGAGUUGUUUGAACCUUUUAUGAACUCUUCUUUGUUGAAAUCUGCUGACUUGGAGGUGAUUGGUUCAAGCAACUUUGACCAGGAGAACUACGAUGUGUAUGCACAACAUUUCCAGGAGAGCAGCAGCUCAGAAGAGAAAUGGGAAGUGGAUUCAUCUGAAUUGUGGUAUCCCUUUUCGGAGUCAGAACCUCAGCUUAGUGAACAGCAGAUGUCAUACCUGGAUGAGAUUGCAAACAAAGUUGAAGUUCAGAGAUUGAAAAACAUGAAUGUAUUGCAGGAUUCAAAUGGAUUUUCAGGAGAACUAGACACCAGUCUCAGUGCGAAAUUUGUGCGAACUUGGAGGAAAAAGACGCUGGAUGGAGUUUCUAUGUAUCUCAGGAGAUCACGACUUUGCGCACGUGAGUUCAACUUCAUGGAGUAUAGGACUGAUGUCUAUUCACCAUCUUCAACAACCAACGUAGUGAAGCUACUACCAUGCUUGGCCAUGAGCAAUUCGUUUGUGCCAGGUGGAUGUCUUGGUUCAUUGGACAUCACAGAUGCAUAUUUGCAGGUCCCACAACUUAAACCCAGAAUUGUUCGAGUGCAAGGAACAGAGCUGUCCUUUGUCAUCCUCAAGUGCCUUCCCGGACAACGGGAUGCUGCCAAGUUGUGGUACUUGUUUUUCACCGAUGCUUUGAAGCGUUUGCUUGGUGCAACAGUCUGUUUAGAGCAACCUGCAUUGGUGAAAUGUGGCAACAACGCAGUUCUUCUUUUGCACGUUGACGAUGUUCUCUUUUAUGGCAAUGAGCAGUGGAUAUCCUCAGUGAUGAUUCCUGCCUUGAAGAGCGAGUUCAAGAUGAGCUGCCAAUAUGUGCCAAGGCGAGAUGGUGGAAGUUUUGAGUUCUUGAAACGUCUUCAUGUGUUUGAACCAGGAUAUGCAAGUUUGAAGAUUUUUCCUGAGCGCAAACAUGCACGCGCACUCUUUGAACGCUUGAGCGAAAUCAAUGGACGACCACCACAAAUCUCCAAGACACCUUCCUCAGCAGCAUGCGCGCCACACCUUGACAACACCUUGCUUGAUGCCGAUCGGGCUGCUGACUUUAGAUCGCUCGUAGGUCUAGCAAUGUAUUUGAGCCAAGAACGAUACGAUCUACAGCACAGUGUCAAAAGCCUAGCAAGCUAUCUGAAGGAGCCCACACAAGGAGCAUGGAAAACACUGGAACGUCUAGUAGGAUAUGUCAAAGGCACUGAAGACAUAUCACAAAAGUGCAUUAGUUUGAGCAGUACUGAAAGUGAAUGGUAUGCUCUUUCGUCAGCAACCAGUGAUGCACUCUGUUUGAAGCACAUCCUAGAGUUUUUGUGUCCCGUAGAUGCUUUGAUUUGUCACGUGGACAAUUCGGCCGUGAGAAUGCUUUCUCAAAAGAUGGGUGUGAGUCGUCUCAAGCACAUCAAGGGACGAUUGCUUUGGCUUCAGCAGAAAGUGUCUCAGCGUGAGAUUGAGAUUCGUUAUGUGAACACACAUGCCAACAUAGCAGAUUUGAAUACUAAGACUCAUGCACGAGAUCGACAUCUCUCACUUCUUUAUAUGCUUGGUUAUGUUUGUGGAAAAGAGCGAGUUGGUGAAUCAGCAUUCCUUCGAAAGAAUGCACAACUUGUGGUCAAACAGCAAUUGAAAGACAUUUCGAGAGUGAUUUGUGAAUCCGACGAGUAUCAGGACAUGUACGGUCCAGGUUUUCGAGCCACUAGCACACCAGCAAUGAGCAUGUCCAAGAAGGUCAUGGGGAUCAUGGUGUUGAGCUCUUCCUUUCACUUCGCUUGUGGAUUUGAAUUUGAGCCCAGUUCAAAUCAUUUAAUCGAUGAGAGUUUUCCUGCCUUGGUUUGUGCAAUUUCCUUGUUUGUGCUGCUUGGCGUAAUGUGA